GAAGAGGAAGACUUUUUGCGAAAACAGCGCUUUCGAGGUGCCUACAACACACUUGCAAGGGCACCAAAGGAUGAAUUACAGAAGGAACUUGACAAGCUGUUGGCUUUCUUUAGGAAAGAAAGAGUCCUGGAUGCAGAAACAGCGGACGAAAUCACUGGUGGUGUCUGGUUCCUCGGCAUUCCAGUUAUACAGGGAAGGAAGUAAGAACUGGCUGAGAAUAAUUACGACCAUUUUCUUCCUUACGCAAAAGACGCAUACCUGACGGGUCAUCAGUUGGCAAUAGAGAAAGCACGAGAAGCCAGUCAAUAUCCACGAGAUCCUGAAUUAACGAAGAAACUCCUUCAUGAAGCAUUUUCAGUGGAAGCAUUUGCGUGUCAUUUUCUUACUGACAGCUUUGCCAGUGGCCACAUUAGGUAAUGAUCCCUUCAGGCCAUGUUCUUAUAUUUUCCUUUUUUUUUUUUUCGAGUCAUUGAUUUCCUGAGCUUUUCACUGAGACUUACACUGAUAUGUGGCCUCUUAGCCCUUAGCAAUUACAACGUGAAAGGAUUACAACGUCAGAGGCAGUCUUUAGUUAAAGAAAAGCCAUGGGUACAAGAAUCGAAAAACCCACCACAGUACACAGUUGAGUGUACUAGUUUGUGACGCUCUUUGAAUUUCAUAUACCGAUUGUUUGUAUUUUAAGUAACUGAAAAAAAUACUUUUGACAUUGAAAAGUAUACGUACAUUACAUGUGAAUUGUUUUAAAAAGAAAAAUAGCAGUGUAAAUAUAUUCGUUUAUUUUACGAAACUUUGAUGCCUUGUAGUUAAAUUUAUUGUAAUAAAUUUUUGAUGAGAUGGCAUCAUGCUGACUUGUUAAGAAUCUGAUUAACAUCCAUAAAAAUAUCUGCUUGCAGGACGCCAAGAUUUGAGCUGGGAAGGGCGACCAUUCUUGGGAAAAAAGGCCAUUUACUUAGUAAAUACAUGCAUGACGAAGACAACAAAUAUGGUCUGCGUGUGACAAAUCUGAGGGGUGAUAAAUGGAUUGCAUAUGGUGAUGGGAUGUUGCUCGAAGGAAAGAGCAGAGAUAAUCUUAGGAUUGUAGUAAAAGCNGUGACAAAUCUGAGGGGUGAUAAAUGGAUUGCAUAUGGUGAUGGGAUGUUGCUCGAAGGAAAGAGCAGAGAUAAUCUUAGGAUUGUAGUAAAAGCUGUGCAGAUUUCAGUUGAUCAAGUGUACGAGGCGUACAGCAACCCUACCAACGCUCUUAAUCCUUCUGUGGUGACCGAAUUGAUACCUUUUAUUGACAUCGAGGAGACAAACAACGCCCCACUUUUUCAGGUGAAGGAUGGGAAAGUCCAUAGAAGAUCAAACAUAAAUGAUCUUCAGGAUACAAGUACUACUGAAAAUUGGUGGGGGCUAACAACAUUAGUAAAGAUAACUAUGUGUUGUUAUAAACCUAGAAACAGUUCUGUAUAG